AUGGCCGAAGGAUCGCUCGAUAGCCUGGAAAGCGAGGCGGGAAACAAAUCCCCGGCCACCAAAAAGCAGCCGUUCUCAACCCAACUGCCCCCAAGGGAGCAGGAUUCUCUACCAAAUCAACUGGAAAUGAAGCAACGGAAGCCUCUGCCGAAGUGUCGGGCCCCUCUCCGCGGCUCCCAAUUCUGUCCUCCGCAAGGUUUCGAGAACCGGGUUACCAAGCGGAAAUCUCCCUUCCGCCACUUCCAAAUCUGUCCUCCUCCGGGCUUCGAGCACCUGGCUGCUAAAGGCAAAUCUCCUCUCCGUCGCUCCCAGCUCUGUCCUCCGCCAGGAUUCAAGUCUCGGGCUGCUAAGCAGCCAUCUCCUCUCCGUUUCUCCCAAAUAUGUCCUCCGCCAGGAUUCGAGCACCGAGAUACUGAGCAAAACUCUCUUCCCAACCGCUCCCAAACCUGUUCCCCGCCAGGACUUGAGGACCGGGCUACCGAGCAAAAGAUUCCCAUCAAGGCCAUGCUGGAUAAGCUCGGAGGCAAACUAAACUCUACCUCCACCACGAAGCCGUGCAGGCCCAUUUCUGUGGGGGAGAUACUACUGCAGGGCGUGGCAAUGGAUCUUGGCAGACGCCUCCGAGAGAAUCCUGAGGAAUUCGAUCGCCUGUUUCCCCUGGAGCUAGCCGGCCCUGAGGUGGACAACGUCACGAUGAAGAACGUAUCGGACUGUUUGCCCAAGCCAGAGAAACUGGCGAAUGAUUUCGGCUACAAGACUCCCCGAGACCCCGAAGAAGAGGAGGAGGAAUGGUACAUGAGCUUGGAAAAUGGAACGCGCCGCACGGUAGAUCAAAGCCAGAGACUGCAGUCCCUGCUGGGGCUUGCUGACGGCCCUCAACUGAAGUUCGAAAAGCUCCCCGAUACAGAUUUGCGUUCGUUGAAACCACGCUGCUACGACACGCCAACAGCGGGCUACAAACUGUCGUCCCCGUCACACGAGCUGUGA